AUGAUGUUAUAUAUUUGUUUAACUUUAUUAUCUAUAUUUAAUAUAAUUUUUUCAUUACGUUAUAAUGGUGGACCAGUUACAUAUGGAAUACCACAAAUACCAAUUGGUAUGCAACAAAAUUCAAUUCCAUAUCAACAAAUGUUACCAUUUCAAUAUCAAAGAGGUAAUAAUUAUGAAAUACCUAUAAAUUAUUCACCUUAUCAAUACUUAUCACCAUAUACAAAUUCAAAUGGAAUGUUAGGAAGUUACCUUCCAUAUUCAUCAUAUUCAAAUUCAUAUUAUCCACAACUUACAAAUUCUUAUAAUCCAACAUCAUUAUAUAAUUUAAUGUCAACAGGUAUUUCAACCUAUCCUUACUCAACUACUUAUGAUUCAUCUAAUAUUUUUGGAUAUACAAGUUCUGGUUUAUCAUCAAAUGGAAUAUUAACAGGAUCUUCAGUAGCAAACUAUCCAUUAUUAUCUAGACAAUUUAUUUCAAGUUAUCCUUACACAAAAAAAGUAUAA